AAAACGGUAGUUGGUGACGAGGACGUUUCGUCGUCGCGUCACUAAUAGAUUUUUCAGUUCCUCGGAUAGUAUUGCGUGAAAUUUUGUGUUUAUUCAUAUUCAUCGAUCGACUGCCCUUAACUUCAUACAACGAACGCGAAUCGAAAAUAACAAAGUAUUCUUCAGUCAUUGAGAAAAGUCAUUUGUACUCAUUACUAUGGACGUGACAGCAGUGAUCGAGCUAUAAGCUCGUCCCGUGUCUCGUAGCAAAUGGUGCAGUCUAGAUUAACUUAUGGAUUAGUCUACUGAUUUGUCGAAUGCAAUGGAUGAAAGGAUUGUUGUGAAUGUUUAAGUAAAGAGAAAUGAACGAUAAAGCUUCUUGCUUUAUUCGGGAAGUAGCGAACGAUGACGUCAUGUGCUGAAACAUAAGCUGUUUUCACCUUGUUCCGCUACAACAGUAUUUCGCGGGUACAGGUGCAAAAUAGAUAGAAAGAAUUAUAUUUAUAUAUUGACUAUUUGAAAAAUAAAAGGAAUUAUAAUGGAUUCUGAAGAGGAAAUGUAUGAUGAUGUUGAUUCUGGUAAUGAAUCCAGCGGGGAUGAUGUGGACUUUGCAAUGGAAAUAGAAGCUGGGAAUCCAAGAGAACGGGCAACAGAUGUUGAUGAUUAUCCCUUUGAAGUUUUGUCUACAGAAGAAAUAGUGCAACACAUGGUUGAUUCCAUUAAAGAAGUCAACACAGUUGUGGAAAUACCAGCAACAACUACUCGGAUUUUAUUAAAUCAUUUUAAGUGGGAUAAAGAAAAAUUGAUGGAACGCUUCUAUGAUGGUGAUCAAGAGAAAUUAUUUGCAGAAGCCAGAGUUAUUAAUCCAUUUAGAAAGGGUCCACUAAAUAGAAAUCGGUCAUCACAAAGUUCUCUGUCUAGAAGAACUUCAACAAAUGGUACUGAGGAAUGUGGGAUUUGUUUCACGGUGCAGCCAUCUGCAAUGAUGACUGGUCUUGAAUGUGGGCAUCGCUUUUGUACUGGUUGCUGGGGAGAAUAUCUUACCACUAAAAUUAUGGAAGAAGGAGUGGGUCAAACGAUAGCAUGUGCAGCACAUGCCUGUGACAUUUUAGUAGAUGAUGCUAGUGUUAUGCGUCUUGUGAAAGAUUCAAAAGUUAAACUGAAAUAUCAACACUUAAUAACUAAUAGUUUUGUUGAAUGUAAUAGGUUAUUAAGGUGGUGUCCAUCUCCAGAUUGUAAUAAUGCUAUAAAAGUACAGUAUGUAGAAGCGAGACCAGUAACUUGUAAAUGUGGACACACAUUCUGUUUUCAUUGUGGUGAAAAUUGGCACGAUCCUGUGAAAUGUCACUUGUUACGUAAGUGGAUCAAAAAGUGUGAUGAUGAUUCUGAAACAUCAAACUGGAUUGCUGCAAAUACAAAAGAGUGUCCAAAAUGUAAUGUCACCAUUGAGAAAGAUGGAGGAUGUAAUCACAUGGUGUGCAAAAAUCAAAACUGUAAAACUGAUUUUUGUUGGGUGUGUCUUGGACCUUGGGAACCACAUGGUUCCAGUUGGUACAAUUGCAAUCGUUAUGAUGAAGAAGAGGCUAAAGCUGCAAGAGAUGCUCAAGAAAAAUCACGCUCUGCAUUACAAAGAUACUUAUUUUAUUGUAACAGAUAUAUGAAUCAUAUGCAAUCAUUGAAAUUCGAAAGUAAACUGUACGCACGUGUGAAAGAGAAAAUGGAAGAGAUGCAACAGCAUAAUAUGUCAUGGAUCGAGGUACAAUUUUUAAAGAAAGCAGUAGAUAUUUUGUGUUCUUGUAGACAGACACUCAUGUAUACUUACGUUUUUGCUUACUACGUGCGAAAAAACAACCAGUCUGUGAUUUUUGAAGAUAACCAAAAAGACUUAGAAGGCACGACAGAACGUCUUUCCGAAUAUCUUGAGAGAGACAUUACGAGCGAAAAUCUUGCUGACAUUAAACAAAAAGUUCAAGAUAAAUAUAGAUACUGCGAUAGUCGAAGAAAAGUUCUUUUGGAACAUGUUCAUGAGGGCUAUGAAAAGGAUUGGUGGGACUAUGUGGAAUAGAGAUCUGCACCAGCUUUGUUUUUUGGGCGUAUCAGACAAGGUUCCUUUCUUGUCAUUUUUGCCCCAGCUGUGAUAAAUCAAGAAAGCUGACAAGAGACAAAAAUAGAGCAUGUCAUUGAGUGAUUUACGUGUUAGAUAUACUUUAAACAUAAUAUUAUCUGUGGCAACACACAUAUAUCGUUAUGAAUUUUGAAUUGAUUAAAAUUGAAUCCUAUUAUCAUCAGGCUAAAUGUAAAGUACUUUUGUAUUGAUUACUGAUGCUGAUUUGCACUUGUCGUGUGCUAUUCAUCAUUGCAUAUUUUGAUCCUUCAUAAACAUGCCUUGCAAUAAUAUUUUCGAGUCUCGAAUGAAUUUUGUAUAGAGCAUAAAGAAAAUUGAACGGUGCGUCAUUGUGCUGGACAAACGUUUAUCUCGAAUUUGCUUAAUAUAUUUUAAUGCCAUAAUAUAAUGAUACGAUUUACCUUUUCAUACUAUUACAAGAUUAAAUAAUCUUUGAAAGGGAAAACUUCUCAAAUAGUACAUGAAAAGGCUAAUUAUAAAUACUAGAUUACCUUGACCUCGUCUUUUAUUCUCAGUCCUGUGCACUCGAUUUAUAAAGGGAUUAAAAAGGAUAUUGCUGCAAAUAAGAUUCAUAAAAUGUCUUACCAUUUCUGCUCUAUUUUGGACAGUAACGUGUCCAGGCUAUAACUGCCAAUCUUAUGAAAAACUGAAUUUAAGUGAUCAUGUCGUCAGUAUCAUGUGCAAUUUUUACAUCAGUUUAUAUUUUUAUAUGUUAUGUUAGUUUUAUUUCCUAUAUAAUAACAGUUAAGUAAAUGACUUAUGUAUCGAUGAAAAAAAAGAAAGUGAAUUUGUUUACAAAUAUAGAAUGAAAAACAUUUAAAAUUUGAAUGAAAUUGUAGUUUUAUUUUAUUUUUAUUAAAGUGAAACUGGUAUAACACAAAAGGGUCCAAUGUUUCUAAAAGUUAAAAUUUUAACUGCUAUACAUUUCCAAUUUAUUUCUUUGUAUAUUUAACAUUUAAACAAAAUAUGAAGGAAUAAUUUCCGAUGUGAUAUUCUCAUAAUGCUGACGAUAUGUUUCAUAUAUCAUUAAUCAAAUAACUUGUGGUGAAUGAAUGUAGUACAAUGAUCACUUACUGUUAUAUAAGUGGGGAACGAAAUAAGUUCCAUUUGUACAGUUAUAUAGUUACGUAUUCACAUAUAAAUGCAUAAUACAUAUACAUAGUUGUAAUAUCAAUAUUAGUGAACUUAAAGUAGAAACAUUUGAAGGUUUAUUAAAAAAAAAAUUGUUGAUUCUUACUAUUAUCCACGUUAGGAAUUAAAAGGUAAAAUACAGUUGUUUUCUGUACAGUCACAAAAUCUGAGUAGACAUAAGAGAACUGUUAGACGUUUUCGCAGCAAAUUAUUCUCUGGUUCGUGGUUUUAUAUUGUAUGUUCGUGUAACAGGGAAUAAACAGUUCUUUAUAUUCAAAUAUAAGAGGUACUCGAAGAAAGAUCGAAAAGAUUUCGUGUAAUUGGUACAUUGAUUAUUAUUGUUCAUUCGUAAAAUCAUUAUCUAUUUAUUAAGACAUGUAUGAUAAAUUUUAAGUAAUUGAUUUUAGAUUUUUCAAUUAUUAAACAUAUCCCAUGAAUGUAAAAGUUUGAAAAGCACUAGGAUCUUUCAACGGUAUCAGAAAUUUGAUAUUACUCAAAGAAACGCUCUCUGUUAGCAUGUUAUUAAUACCUACUACUUCUCAAUUAAUCCGUAUGCAGAAACCACAUAACAUAUUUUAUUAGUAAUGUGUAACAUUAGCAAAAUCAUGUGUUUAAUUCUGCAAUCAAAAGAUCAAUGGUCUAUGCACUGAUAUUUUACUAACAUUGUCUUAUUUAUUCGAAACAUAAAUGAAUA